AUGAAUGUUCUGUCUAACCUCCUAAAUGUGGCUUCCACAAAAAGAGUCUUUAGCUAUCACCCUAAAUGCAAGAGGAUUGGACUCACCCACCUUUGUUUUGCGGAUGACCUACUCAUUUUCUGCAAGGGUUCUAUUGACUCUGUCAUGGGAGUGCAGACUGUGCUAGAUCAAUUCUACUUCAUGUCAAGGUUGAAGCUGAAUGCUAGCAAGUGUGAGAUGUAUGCAGCUGGUAUUCCUGAUGAGCAGAUCAACACCAUCAAGGAAAUUACUGGUUUCAAAUUGGGCUGCCUCCCAGUUAGAUAUUUAGGAGUCUCACUGGUUACCAGUAAGUUGGCUGUGAAAGACUACCAAAGUCUCAUAGAUAAACUUAGGACAAAGCUAAGUUUAUGGGCCAACAAGCACCUUAGCUUUGCUGGAAUGCUGCAGUUCGUUCGUUCUGUUUUACUCAGCAUCUCGAGUUACUGGUACAAGCAACUCAUAUUGCCUAAAGAAAUUAUUAGGAAAGUUGAGCAGUUGUAUUCUCGAUUCUUUUGGAAAGGGUCUGAUGCUCAUGCUAAAGGUGCAAGAGUUAGUUGGAAGAUUGUUUUCCUACUGAAAUCUGAAGGUAGAUUGGGGAUAAAAGAUGUAGGAGGGUGGAACAAGUCUUGCAUUGUUCAACUAAUCAGGAAGCUUUUGGCUAAUAAAGGCUCCCUUUGCGUGGCUUGGAUGCACUCCUAUGUUAUUAGGAAUGCUGAUUUUUGGCAAAUGGAAAUCCUUAAGAAUGCAAGCUGGAGCUUCAAAUAUUUGCUGAAAAUUAGGCCUGAUGUUGCUCACCUCUUUUCGGGUCAGGUCUGUGAUCAUAGUACGAGGUUGCUUACUCGGGUUAGGCUCUUGGGAAUGGGCCUAGCCAUUGAAACUGAUAAAUGCUUACUAUGUGGCAAUGAGACAGAGACAAGAGAUCACUUGUUCUUUGAAUGUCGAUUUGCUAAGGAGCUAUGGGCUCCAUUCUUGAACUGUGUUGCAUCUCUCGUGGAACUAGCAGCUGGGAUGGUGAACUGGCUUUGGCUUCUCUGCUAUCAAGGAGCAAGAUCAAAGGAAGAAGUGAUGGGAGAUAUUAAGGAGACCAUCUGA